CUGAACGUUGAUUAUAGUUUGAGUCCACUCUUCCUGCUGAGAGCAUGACACAGACCUGACACCCUGAACAUACAUUACACCUGUGAUUAUUAUUAGUAUUAUUUAUUUACAGUACUGUGCAAUGGCGAAAGAGUAAUGUAUUUAAUAUUUAAUGUGAGCUAUUUUCUAAAGUCAGUAAGCUAGCCAUUCCAACAUGGAGGAAACAGGCACAGCUGAGGAACUGUUAGCCAAACAGCAUCGCAAGGAGAAGAAAGAGCUGCAAGCCAAAAUCCAGAGUAUGAAAAAUGCUGUACCUAAAAAUGACAAGAAAAGGAGGAAGCAGCUGACCGAGGACAUCACCAAGCUAGAAGCUGAGCUGAAUCAGAAACACGAGAAUGAGCUGAGACAGCUCCACACGUCCACUGCUGAAGUUAAGGUGAAGGUUGAGGAGGUUACGGAUGCUGUUGAGGAGAUGAAUGUGUCUGGUGGAGAGCAAGCAGAUAUCAAACAGACCAGAAUAUCCAAAGCUCAAAAGAGAAGGGACAAGAAAGCAGCUCAGGAGAAGGAGAGAGAGAACCGCAUUGCUGAAGCUGAAGUAGAGAAUCUGUUAGGAUCCAGACAUCAGGAAGGCCUAAAACUGCAACAAAAGCUGGCUGAGAAACAGCUGCAGAUUAAAGAGAUCUCAUCUGAUGGCCAUUGCAUGUAUCGUGCAGUAGAGAAUCAGCUAACCGGACGUAGCUGUUCUAUGGGGAUCCAAGAACUAAGAGUUCAAACAGCUCAGUACAUGAGGAGCCAUGAGGACGAUUUCCUGCCUUUCCUUACCAACCCUAAUACUGGGGACAUGUACACUGCAGAGGAAUUUGAGAAGUACUGCAGUGAUGUUGCAGAAACAGCUGCUUGGGGAGGACAGUUAGAGUUAAGAGCCCUUACACACGUCCUCCAGUUACCGAUCGAGGUCAUUCAGGCAGAUUCUCCUGCCAUUAUUAUUGGUGAAGAGUAUGACAAGCCUCCCAUCACUCUUGUUUACAUGAGGCAUGCGUAUGGACUGGGCGAGCACUACAACUCCGUGGAACCGCAGAAGGAUGCAGCAGGUGAAGAGCAAAACUGAGAAAAAUACAACUUUGCUUGCUCCAGAUUUACAGUAGAUGCUAAAACAGAGGAGAGGUGGCUUCCAGAAGAACCAAGUGAUGUUUUAGGUGGCUUGUUAAUGAUCUCAUCACCUGAUGCACAGUAUUCCCAGGUCAUAAUUAAUAAAUGUGCAGUGGUUAGGGCUGAGGAAAUAGUCAGUAGCUUGUCUUGGAAUAAAAAAAAACAAACCUUUUUUUAAAA